UCCGCUCUGAUGCAACUUCCCCUCUGCGCCACCAGGGGGCGACACGGGCGAGAGGGGAACACCAGGGCAAAGCGCAUGCGCACUAACAGGAGCCGCAAGCAGCAGUCGGGGCGCAUGCGCCGCGAUCGAGCGGGGCCCGGGCGAAAGAGGCGCGAAGGAGGCACGCACGCGCGCCGCGUCUCGGGCUGGAUCGGGGGCUGCGCACGCGCGCAAUCCCUCGCCGGGCAGCGGCGCCUGCGCAGAGCGGCUCGGAGGACCGAGCGAACAUAGAGUGGGCGGCGCAGAGCGGUUCCACUUCCGGGGCCCGCCAGAGUUUUGUUUCCGGGGGCGGGCAGCGGCGGCGCCCGGCGGCGGAGCGCGGGGAUGCCGGAGAUCGGGAUCCGCCAUGUGGUGUCCGCGAGCAGCGCUGACCCGACUCACUGCGCCGAGAACCUGCUCAAGGCCGACACCUACCGCAAGUGGAAGGCGGCGCAGGCGGGCGAGAAGCAGCUGUCGGUCAUCCUGCAGUUCGAGAAGGAGGAGCGGAUCCACAGCAUCGACGUGGGCAACGAGGGCUCGGCCUUCGUGGAGGUGCUGGCCGGCAGCUCCGCCUCGCCCAGCGAGCAGGACUACGAGGUGCUGCUGGUCACCUCGUCCUUCAUGUCGCCCUCGGAGAGCAAAGCCGGCACCAACCUCAACCGGGUCCGGAUGUUUGGCCCGGACAAGCUGGUGAAAGCAGCAGCCGAGAAGAAAUGGGACCGGGUGAAAAUUGUCUGCACCCAGCCCUACACCAAGACCCUGGCAUAUGGGCUGUGCUUUGUGAAGUUCCAUUCGCCGCCCGAAAACAACGAAACCCAGUCAAAAUCUACCUCCCCGAAGGUGACCAAGCUGGGCCACUUUAAGGUGAAGGACGAGGACAGCAGUUCUGCUUCAAUGAGGCCCGGGGCCCUGUUCUUCAGCCGAGCUACCAAACCACUUCUCACACCGCCCAGAGCCCCGCAGACGGAGGAACCGUCCCCCAGCUACGCCGUGGCCACCCUCCAGGCCAGCACACCCGGCACCCCCUCCCCUUCCGCCGCAGAGAAACCCACCGCCAGGACCUCCCCCAGCCGCGCCGCAGCCUCCCCCAAGGAUCCGGCUCCCACCAAGAGGAAGUUUGAGUUCAGCAAGGAGAACUCGUCCCCCGUCUCUGCUCGGAAACCUGAUGCCGAGGCCCCCCCCCCCACGCAGCCGGCCCCCAAGAAGCCCAAAGCCCCAGAGCCGCCCCCCCGCAGGCCGCCAGCCCCCAAGAAGCAGCCGAAGGAGCCGUCGCCGGAGGGGGCGGGGGAGGAGUUUCAUCGCCUCCUGCAGGGGACGGUCUUCGUGCUGAGCGGCUUCCAGAACCCCUUCCGCUCCGAGCUGCGGGACAAGGCGCUGGAGAUGGGGGCUAAGUACCGGCCCGACUGGACCCCCGACAGCACCCACCUCAUCUGCGCCUUCGCCAACACCCCCAAGUACAGCCAGGUGAAGGGCCGCGGGGGCACCAUCGUGCGCAAGGAGUGGGUGCUGGACUGUCACCGGGCCCGGCGGCGCCUGCCCUGCAAACGGUACCUAAUGGGCGGCCCGCCCGCCUCAGGCAGCGAGGAAGAAGAGGAGAGCGAGGAAGAGCCGCCCGCCCGGGCCCGCAAGACCCUCUCCCCCCGACAGGGAGUCGGGCUGCCCAGCUCCAACCACCAGGGCAAGGCGCCUGCCAGGGCCCAGCCGCCUCGGGGUGAGUCCUCGGGGGAGGAGACAGAGCCCGGCACCUCCUGGGCCCACGCCGGCAACUCGCGGGCCGGGGGGGAGAGCUCCACGGACAGCGGGGAGCCCGCAGGGGCCAGAGACAGUGGGGAGGGCGACUCCGGCGACACGGACGACGAACUGAGGAGGGUGGAGGAGGAGCACCGCAAGAAGCAGCAAGCGGGUCGGGAGGUGACUCCGGACCCUGACGAUGACCCGUACGGCGGCUCCACGGACGAGAACACGGAUGUGGAAGAGGAGCCGGAUCAGCCCAUCCCGGAGCUGCCUGAUUUCUUUGUGGGCAAACGCUUUUUCCUGUAUGGAGAUUUCCCGGCCCAGGAACGACGCCUCCUGAAUCGCUACAUCACGGCGUUCAACGGGGAGCUGCAGGGCUACAUGAGCGAGCGGGUGAACUACGUGGUCACGGCCCAGGAGUGGGACGACACCUUCGAGGAGGCCCUGAACGACAACGCCAACCUCUCCUUCGUCCGCCCUCGCUGGAUCUACACCUGCAGCGAGCGCCAGCGGCUCGUCCCGCACCAGCCGUACGUGGUGGUGCCGCGAGCGUAGGGCGGCGCUCGGGGGUCCCGCGGGGGCGCGGGGGGGCUGGGCGCUCCCCUGUGUACAGACGAGACGCCGGGUGGGGGCGGUUUUCACUGCUCUUGGUCCCUGCCUCGGCCUCCUGUUCGCAGCAACGGCAGGGGCUGAGCUGGGCUGUGCCGGGGCAGGGCCCCCCCGACUGUACCCACCUCCCCCAGCCAGACUCCCUGUUCCCCUCAAUAUACCCCCCCUCUCCAAGGCACCCUCAGCCCCCCCACCCCCUUUUCCGCCAGCGCCGUCGUUUCCGCCCCUCGGGUUAAGCCGGAAUUGAUUGUGUGCGGACGCCCCCACGGGGACUUGAACCCGGCUUCUCGCUGGUCGCCUGCCGUUCGAACCGGGGUCUGCAGCCACGUGGGCCCCCCCCCCCUCCCCUUCACCCGUGUGAGUUAAAUCCACGCGGCUCCAGCUGGCCGGAGUCUGGGCCUGGGGGUGGGAAGCCUGAGGGGCUGGGUUAGAGGCUAAACUUCGGAGAAUUUACCAACCCAAAGGAAAUGCGGGAAACCUUCCCUCCCUGCCUUACCGCCCUGGGAUCGGUGCGGUCGGGGGCCACCCUGGGAUCGGUGCAGCCGGGGAUCAGUGCGGCCUGGGGCUCCCCUGGGAUCGGUGUGGCCUGGGGCUCCCCUGCAAUCAGGGCAUCCGGGGGCCGCCCUGGGAUCAGUGAGGUCAGGGCUCGGAGCGGCCGGGGUCUCUCCUGGGAUCAGGGCAUCCGGGGGCUCCCAUGGGAUUGGUGCAGCUGGGGAUCGGUGCGGCCGGGGGCACCCUGGGAUCGGUGCGGCCGGGGGCACCUUGGGAUCGAUGCGGCCGGGGGCCGCCCUGGGAUCGGUGCGGCUGGGGGGGUGGGUUCAGGUCUUAGCAUUUGCUCUGGGCAAGGAAAUCAGGCUGGUGAGUUUCCUUCCCUCUCUCCCUGGUCAGUUUCAGGGUGGUGGGAGGGGCCCCAGGUGAGUGUCUGGUCAGUUUCACACCCGCUCCCUGGUCAGUUUCCCAGUUGCUGUGGGUCUGUCUGGAUGGUUUCCCCUCCCUCCCUUUCUCCUGCCCCAGAGCCUGGGGGGCUGUUUGUAUUUGGGGGGCAGGGCGGGGGGAAGCUCUUUUAUACAGAAUUUUCUUUGAGCGAAAUAAACCGUUUUCAGGUGAA